UUCGGAACUACUACCUCGGACCAGGCCACAGUCUCUGCUUAUGGUGUUCGCGCUAUGCCGUGUGCGAUGUGGAUUUCAACGAUCACUUCCUAGCUCGCAUGUCGUGCGACGAUGUCUGUCUACCCCUGCAAGUCACCCCGAGACCGUUCAACUGCUCGGGAAGGAAUAUCCUAGUGACUCCCAUACCAAUAUCACGCCCACCGUAGCGGAGAAGCUGAAUCGCAACUUGUAUCUGCAGUCGGCUCAUCCACUUGGCAUCCUUCGCUCACUCAUCGAGUCCCAUUUUACCGACUUUGCAGCGCUCUCGGGGCUCUCUCCGCUCGUCACCCCAGGGAAGAACUUUGAUGACCUCGGGUUCCCCUUGGACCAUCCAGGGCGUGCGCUCAGCGACAGUUACUACAUCAAUCGCGACCUGAUGCUUCGGACGCAUACAUCUGCCCAUGAAGUCGAGGUGUACGCGCGUGGCGAGCGCCGUUGGCUGCUCUCGGCGGACGUGUACCGGCGGGAUGAGAUCGAUGCGUCCCACUACCCAGUCUUCCAUCAGAUGGAGGGUGCACGGGUUUUUCCUGCGUCCGCCGCUGGUGUGGAGGAGCUUGAAGACUCUAACGCGCGCCUUUCAGAACACCUUUCCAAAGCGCAUAUCGUGAUCGAGGAUGUCCCUCACAUUACUCCGUCUAAUCCCGCGCAGCCGACACAUGAUCCCCGCACUUCUUCGCUCGUCGCUCAAAACCUCAAGUUGUCAUUGAACAGCUUGAUGCUGGCACUCUUUGGUGGGCGGGCAGGUGCGAGUGAGGACCCGCUGCGGGUAAGAUGGAUUGAAGCUUACUUCCCUUUCACGAGCCCGAGCUAUGAAGUGGAGGUAUUCUUCCAUGGCAAAUGGUUGGAGAUCCUGGGCUGCGGAGUCGUGCAACAACAAACACUGGACCGCGCCAAUGUGCCGAACAAUGUCAGUUGGGCAUUCGGCCUCGGAUUGGAACGCAUUGCCAUGAUCCUGUUCUCGAUUCCGGACAUCAGGCUGUUCUGGUCACAGGACCCGCGAUUUCUCUCGCAGUUCGCUGAAGGCCAAAUUACGACCUUCAAGCCAUAUUCCAAGCAUCCUCCAUGUUACAAAGACGUCAGCUUCUGGGUACCAGACGGUGGCUUGCAUGACAAUGACGUCUUUGAUCUCGUGCGAGAUAUAGUUGGGGACGUGGCGGAAGAUGUGAAGCUGAUCGACAGCUUCACGCAUCCGAAAACAAACAGGACUAGUCGGUGUUAUCGCAUCAACUACCGAUCGAUGGAUAGGUCACUAUCCAAUGAAGAGGCCAAUGUUUACCAGGCCGGGGUGUUGUCACGCCUACAAGAAAAGUUCGGAGUUGAGAUUCGUUGAUUAGGUAUCAUCACUGCUACAAUACAUGCUCUAAUGAGCGCCUGUCGUACUGACUAUAACUUUUACUGAAU